AUGGCUUAUGCUGCUGCGAUUUCACUCCAGAAUACAUUGCAUCACCUCUUAUUCUCCAAUCGUAUUUCACUUGAAGAUGAUGUUUGUUCAAGGAAUAUCAUACUAGAUCUCCACAGUCAGCUUUUUUCCAUGGGAGAUGUACUCAGAGAAUUGGACAGCUUCAGCUUCAACACCAGGUGCAACUUCAACAGAAAACGAAUCAAUCUUUUGGAUGAACAAAUCAGAAUAUUAUUACAGGAAUUUGAGGAUGUAAUAGAAUCCCAUAUUUCACCUCAGUUUCUGUCUCAAUAUUCUCAACAACUAUGUCCAUUGUUGUUCUCUCUCCACCUGGAUGAUGAACUGAAACAAGAUGCUGAUUCCUUUAUCGAAAAGAUGGUUGGAUUAUCUGAUCAAUUAAUCGAAAUCAAACGUCUGCUUGCGUUGCCUUAUCGGAAUCAAAUCACGCUCUAUGGAAUGGCGGGCAUUGGCCCGAAAUAUCGCUUCGAAAGAGUCUUGCUAGAUAUUCUAAAACAAGUGACUCAUCACGAGGAUUUUGAUGAUGAUGAUGAUGAUGAUAAAAAAAAAGUGCUAAUUACAGAGUCAUUGGAUGGCUUGAGAAGAAUGGUUUACCAAAGUUUAAAGGGUCAACGAUAUUUCAUCGUGGUGGAUGAUGUAUGGGACUACAAUUUUUUGUCAUAUUUCAAAACUUUGUUAACAAAGGAAUACACGGAAAGUAAAUUAGUGGUGACAACUAGGCUAAAAGACAUGGCAGAUGGUGAUUUUAGUUAUCAAAUUUCGAAUGACAAAUGCUUGAUACGAUUCCUGAAUAAGAAAGAAAGUUGGGAACUACUUCGUCACAAGGUGUUCGAUGAAAUGCCUUGCCCUAAUGAGCUGGAGAAAGCCGGAAAGAAGAUCGCUGAGAAUUGUGAAGGUCUUCCUCUUACGAUCGUUAAGGUUGCCCAAAUCCUAUCCGAAUCUGACAAGACCGCAGAGUACUGGAACGAGGUAGGUGCCGACAAAAGACAUUCGGUUUACGUGGAUGCGUAUGAUCGAAUGUACAAGGUCCUCUAUCCAAGCUACGACUACUUAUCUCAAGAAUUGAAACCAAUCUUUCUCUACAUGGGAGUUUUCCCUCAAAACUACGAGAUUCCCCGCUCCAAGCUCGCCAAAAUUUGGGAUGUGGAAGGAUUUUGUGUUGGAUAUCAAUCUCCGGCGAAAUUGGAUGAGCUCGAUUCGAGUAGUCUUAUCAUGCUCCACGAGAUUGGCUUCCGUAAAAGAAUAAAGACUUGCAGCCUUUAUUCACCCUUUUGGCAUUUGUGCAACAAAGAAGCUACGAAAAGCAAGUUUUUCCAUGCCUUGAAUAGUCUCGCCGAUGGUUUAGCAGAAGAACGUCUAGAACGCCACCGUCGAUUGUGCAUUCGCAAUAACAGUUUAUUUGCCAUUAAAGAUGUUUAUGAUAAGAUGUCUUCUGUUUCAACGGUACGUUCUCUCCUAUGUACCGGUCCAUAUCAUGAAUAUCCAGUACAGGUAUGUUUUGGUUUCAGGUUGCUUAGGAUACUCGAUGCUCUAACCGCUCGGUUCUAUGAGUUCCCAUUGGAAGUAGUUAAUCUAAUUCAGCUUUUGUACCUUGCCCUUACAUUCGAAGGAAAGAUCCCUUCUUCCAUAUCCAGACUUUGGAACCUUCGUUACUUAAUUGUUCGUCGACACUUGAGCAUCGUUAAAUCUAAAGGGAAUUCUUUGUAUAUGCCUACGGAGAUAUGGGAUAUGAAAGAAUUGAUUCAUCUUCAAGUCACAGGGAGCGAUCUACCGCACCCUCGUCAAGAAUCUUUCUUGGGAAACCUCUACACAGUUUUAGACGUGGGCUCUCAAAGUUGUACCAGAGAUGUCUUUGAAAGAAUACCUAGUUUAAUGAAGCUAGGUAUCCGAAUCGAAGUGGGGCCCGCUGAUGAUGUAGACGAACCGUUUAGCUGCUUCGAUCAUAUUUCCCAUCUCCAUAAUCUACAGACACUUAAAUGUGUCAUUGUGAAUCCUUAG